UUUGUUCAUCGCAGGCCAAAUCUGAUUUUCUCUUCGAGUCUUGACCUAACAACAACUGAACAUUUUCUACAAUUUUCUUACGGAAUUUUAUAAACGAAAUUUAUUUUAAUUUGCCAUUAUGAGUUCCAAGAAAACCACAAACAGCACUGAUCCGAUGCAGUGCGCAAUGAUGAAGGAUUCAAAACCAGCCGAGAAGUCGGAGGAGAAGUCUGCAAAGAAGCCGGAGAGGAAGAUAAUGUCGAUAAUCUCCAAGAUUUGGAAGAUUUUCGAGCGGUCGCCAAAGCAACCUGCAGAGCCGACUGCCGAGGUCCCGAAGGAGGAUGAAGUGAGGAAGGACCCUCCCGAAAGGGAGAUGCCUCCUUUCGAGGUCGAUAAGAUGUCGAACAAAGAGGUCAUGGACUUCAUCAACACCAACUCGGAUCUGAUUCCCCCGGAGAAGCGGCUGUUCGUGGCCCCAUUCAUCCUGGCCGAGAUCAACAAGCAGAUCAACAGCCUGUCCCUCAAGGUGAUGAAGUACGCGGAGCUGGAGAAGAGGGCCACCAUGCCGCCGAUGUCCGUGAUGCCACCCCAUCUGAAGUGCCGUCCACCCAGUGUCGUCUCCACCCUGAUCGCCUCCAGGCAGACCCCCAAUUUGUCCUUGAAGGAUGUGCGCAAGGUGACCAAGGGACGCGUCUCCCAUCGCAAGUACCUGGACUAUGUGGCCGUCGUUUUCGAGGACUGAGGACCGAUCGAAUAAAAUCAAAUUUCGAGCUUUAACUUGAA